UCAAUCCUUAUCCACUUCACUCCUAGUUUCAUAAUAAUAUCUUCAGCAGAGAUGAUAAAAUCAGUGACUCUUCGCUCGUUUCAUCUCCCUAUUGAGUUUAACGACACCAAAUUCGCCGCACCGUCGUUUCCCCCCGCGAGAUCCUUCCCGGUGGUUCGUUGUUCAAGCACCAGAGACGUCCCUAAGCUUGAACUCUUCAGCCGCGGAAAAUUCGACCGGAUUCUUCAAGAUCCGCCUCUAAUCGAAAAAGCCGAAACCGAACUCUCAGAUUACUGUUCGACGCUUGAAGGUGAUGAUUCUUACAGUUGCUGGAGAGCUUACUUUGAACUCAAAGAUCUCGAAAGAGAGAAGCCUAAGGUUGAAGUUGAGAAUUUGAUUUUGCAAACAGGCGGUGUGAAAUCGCUAAUCGGGUGUUUACAUGGAGUUGCGUCAAUGGAGAAAGACAACAAAACCAAGAAUGGUUUAAAUAGAGAGAAAGGAAUGAAGUUGCAUAUUCAUAUUCCUGAUGGUUUACCAAAAUCUGAACAAGAAUUGGAGGAAGAAGAGAAAUCGAAAAUGCCGGAUUCCGCUUUCACUAGGUUGCUUAGAACUAAAGGAACUAUCCCUGCUUGGUUCUCUCACGCUCCUGAUCACGAAACCGACUGAAGUGGAUUACGGUACCUUUAGAAAGUUGUUUUCUUAUCACACUUAUAUGUAAAUAUAGUUCUUGGUUUUGCUUUAGAUCAUAUAGUGUCCUCUUUGUUUAAGAUGUGAACAUAUUGCCAUAGAAAUGUGGUUGUUAUUGCUUGAUGUUCGCGAAUGUUUUCAGUUUGUUUAAUGCCGUGUGCCUAUUAUAGUACUACGCGGUUUUGGUUUACGAAGAGAUUUCUAUUCUUGAU